AUGACGCCCAAGGAACGAGAACUGACUGCCUGGAUCUUCCAAGAUGAAGACACUCAGGCGGAUCUGGAAACUAUCAUUAAAAUGAUAGUACUGUCAAGCCUGCUUGAACUGAAGGACCUGGGGGCGGCGGCUGCUCGAAUGAUCUCAUUGAUACCUGAGAAUAGUAGCAAAACAUCGAUCAGUGACGAAGUGAAGCAACUGAGUGAUAUCAUGGACAAGGACGCAAAGGGUCAGAUUAUUUGGAAGGAUAUUUUGGAGAAAUGGGAAGAAGAAAAGGGCGCGGCAGGUGACGAACUACGCAACCUCAUCGACGAAGGGUUAAAGAAAGCUGAAACGGAAACGAUUAUUAAAUAG